UGGCGAGAGAGGGGUCCUUUCCACCCCGCUGCCAGACAAAAGAAGACUGGAAAAGGAUCAAAUCUUAUAAGCACCUCUGAAAGGACAGACGGAACCCUGGAUUGCAAUGCAUUAGUUUUAUUUGGAAGUCUAAAUUGCGCUUUUAUAUGCUUAUUUAUAGGACGUUUCAAGAACAAGGGACACUGGACGUCUUCUUUUAAUAGCCAUUGUCAGUGUGUCAUGUGGAGAACGGGGUCACACUGGAGGGCGAUGACCUGUUUUUCACCUGUCGUUCUUUUCCGGAUGGACCCGUGUACAUCUGAACAGAUUUGCUUGCGAGAAGACUCUCUCUAAACAAUCCUCCUAUUGCGCGCUCAGAUGCUCACCUGGGUGCAAUUUUUGAAACGAUCGCCCGAAUCCGGCGCAAAGAGCUCACUGUCCUGGGUGAUAGUAGCGCUGGAGCGAUGCAAUCCAUCCUGUCCUCGGCUGUCCUGCUAUGCUUCCAGGCCGUUUUACUACUAUACAGCCCAUUACAGGUAUUAGCAGUGGAAAAUGUUAACUUUGGAGUUCACGUGGAGAAUCAGACUGGGGUUCGGGAUGGUCUGAGCCGGAAGCAACACAGAGUUUACCAACUAUACAGCCGGACCAGCGGAAAACAUGUCCAGGUCCUUGGCAAGAAAAUCACUGCCAUGGGAGAGGAUGGAGACAAAUAUGCCCAGCUUGUGGUGGAGGCAGACACCUUUGGGAGUCAAGUGAGAAUACGAGGAAAAGAGUCAAACUACUACCUGUGCAUGAAUCGUAAGGGAAAGCUUGUGGGAAAGAAAGCCAGCAGUGUAAAUGGAGGCUGUGUUUUUGUUGAGAUAAUGCUUGAGAAUAACUACACCGCUUGGAUGUCAGCACGCUACUUGGGCUGGUAUGUAGGCUUCACCAAAAGAGGCGGACCGCGCAAGGGCCCCAACACGUUACCCAACCAGCGAGAUGUGCAUUUCAUGAAACGCUUCCCUCCAGGGGAGCAGCCAGAUCUCCAGCCCUGCAGCUUUACCACAGUCAGCAAGAGGAGGAAAAGAGUCCAACAGACCUCCACGUCUCCACAACCACUCCCAUAAUACAACAUAUGACACUGCAUUUUAACACGCACUGAUGGGAGAAUGACACUUGGAGCUUGUUUGCAAAGACCAUUUCAUUAAAAGGACAGAGAAACAGACACAAUAUCCUUUAAAAUGUGAUUAGGUUAGACGUAGGAUCGACCUCCCAGUAGAAGUCACAGUCACAGUCAAAGGAUGAGGUUGCUUAAACACUGUGUAAUCAUGCAAACAUAACCAAAGACUCCUGGGCAAGUGUCCAGUUACUAAACCCUGACAAGUAUGGGACCAAGCACUUCAGGCCAUAGAAUUCCUCUCUAAUGUCCAGUGCCACAGAUCCACCAUUAAAAUGAGUGACUGAGAAAUUAAGUCAAGUGCUCUUCUUAUGUGAACUUCAACAUGGAUGCAAUCCAUACGCAGCAAAGGAUGGAAGACUGGCAAGUUCAAAUUCAAUACACAUCAACUAAGACCUCUGGACUUGAAUGUUCACAACAAAAAUGGUGAUUUAAGGGAAAGUUCACCCCAAAAUUGUAAUUAUCUUAUCAUUUACUCACCCUCAUGCCAUCCCAGAUGUGUAUGACUCUUUUUUUGUAGAACACAAACAAAGAUUAAGAUAUCUCAGCUCUGUAGGUCCAUACAACGCAAAUUAAUGGUGGACAGACCAUUGUAGUUCCAAAAACCACAUAAAGUAAUCAUAAAAAUACUCCAUAUGACACCAGCAUUCAAAUCCAUAUCUGAAGGAGCAAUAUCUAAAUCUCCAAUUUAACUAAACAGGCACCACAUGUGACUUUCAGAUGAAAAAGUGAAAGUGGAGAUUUAGAGUAAAAAAAGGACUUAAAUGUUGAUGUUUGUCACCCACACCUAUACUAUUACUUAUGAAGAUAUGGAUUAAAAUGUUUUUAUAUGUUUAAGAUAUGUAUUACUUCUGUUUCAUUUAUGUGAGUUUUGAUCACCAUUCACUUGCAUUAUAUGGACCAACGGAGCAGAGAUAUUCUUCUAAAACUCUUUGUUUUUGUUCUACUAAAGAAAGAAUGUCAUACACAUCUGGUAUGACAUGAGUGUGAGUAAAUGAUAAGAGAAUUUUAAUUUUUAGGUUAACUAUCCCUUUAAAAGGACCUGCUACUUUAAGGGAUAGUUCACCCAAAAAUGAAAAUUGUCAACAUUUAAAUGUUCGGCAAGCCACUCUUACCAUUCACUUCCUUUACAAACUUUUGCUGUAAAAUGUAAGUGAAUGGUGUGGAGCAAAAUGAGGGUGAGUAAAUGAUGACAGAAUUUUUUCUUCUUCGGUGAACUGUUCCUUUAUUAUAGGCAUUGGGCCUAAGAGAACCAUGAGAUUAUAUCAAAGAACCAGAAUGUAUUUGUGAAGAGACUCGUAGUGGACAUUACUCAUGUCAGAGAGUUUACUGACGUCGCGGCUCAUGAUUGGUCACUUGCCUAGUCAGUCGAUUUUAAUUCUUUUUCGCAGGAUAACAGUGGAAAAAAACUGUAGACUUGCCAAUGAGCCCGGAUCGGUAUGGAAUGGCACAUUUGGCUCAAUGAUAGAAAAGCACCUUAUGUGUUGGCCUGUAAAGUAUCUACGCCCAUAGAAUUCCGCAGAAAGCUCAGCAGAUUCUGAGAAUUCAAACUCCUGUCAUUCACAAAGUUGUACACAUCCAUUGAAAUUCAAUAUUUUGGCUAAUUUGGUUCUAGUGCUUUCACUAUCAAAUUAGUAUGGAAGCCCAUUUCUGCCAUAUGGGGGAAAAAAAUGUGCUUUGAUAUCAUAUUUAUGAGAUAAAGGUCAUAAUUAUAAGAUUCAAAGUUAUAAUCCUUAGAUAAAAAGUCAUAAUUAUGAGAAACUAAUUCAUAUUUAAGUGAUAAAAAGUCAAUUAUUAGAUUCAAAAUCUAACUUAUGGCAAAAAAGGCAUAAUUAUGAGAUAAGGUCGAAAUUAUGAGAUGGUAAAACAAAAUUAUGGAAUUAUAAAUUGUAUUCAUGACAGUCAAAUAUUUCACAAAUAUUCAAGGAAGUAAAAAUUGUGAGAAUGUCUUAAUUAUGAGAUGAAGUCAUAAUUAUGAGAUACUCAUAUUUAUUUGGUAAUAUCUCAGAGUUAUUACUUAUCAAAUAAUUUGUUUUUUUAAUGUGACGGGAAUGGUCUUCCAUAAUAAUAGAAGCGUAUAAAAUGUAAAAAAAAAGAAAGAUGGAAAAAAUAAUAAUAUUUAAAAUCUGAUCUGCACUGACAUUUGGGGCAAUUUGAUAAGGAAAGCUGGGAAAAGCAUAUCCAGCAAUGGUCACUGCAUGGAUUUAUUUCCACUCUAGAUAGUUACACAUGUACCAGAGUUAUUACAACUGACCCAGGCGCUUCCAGCCCAGCAAGUAAUGCAUUGCAAAAUGUUGCUUUUUGAUUAUAACUGUGUCCCAAACUGCCUAAAAUCUUGAGAGAUGAAAUAUUUUGAUACUAUUCAUGUUAUUAAAAUAUUUAUUUUGUGGAUGUAUCCAUUUCUUUUUUACUGUUCCAUGGCACCAUCACUCAUUCCUUUGAAGGGCGAGAUAUCUUCUAAUAAUUAUAUUUCCCAGCCUUGUUUUAUUGCCGCCUAUUGGACCCAGAAGGAAUGAACUAUAUGAGAUCUUUAUCCUCCACACCAUUCUUGUAUAAACAAAAAAUGCAAACCAUCUAAUAUACAGUAUAACGUUUAUAUUUUAGAACUAAUCAUUGAUCAUUAACAGCUAGUUAAAGGGACAGUUUACCCCAAAACUCACUUUUUUCUUUCCAUACAAUGAAAGUGAAU